CUACAUCAGCUGCCACUCCAAAUCUCUGGGGGAAAUGAACUUCUCACUAUGUGUGCCAGCCAGGAUUUUGAAUGCAACCUUCUCCCGCUAUAGAGAAGUGGCCUCAAACGCCUCCUUCACUCUGGAUAAAACUUCGUUUCAAAACUUGCAAGAAUUGAUCAUCUAUCCUCCAUACUCCAAGACAAUGAUGUUCCUGAUCCCGCCAAUAUUGUGCCUUACAGCAGCUGUCCUGAUCAACCCUUUCAUUUUGUUUGUGAUUCUUUCCCGUGUCAACAUCCGUCAGGAGACAAGAUACCUGCUGUUGGGAAAUGCUUUGCUCUGUGAUUUGUUAUAUCUGAUACUCUAUGCUAUGUCUGCAGUUUUCAAUGUAAUGCAACUCCACCUUCCCAAGAACCCUUGUGUGCUCCUGUUGUUUCUGCUGGCCAUGACUUACUGCGGAGGGUUGCUAACAGCUGCUGCCAUGGUGCUGGAUACAUACUUGGCCAUUUUGUGGCCUUUGCAUUACAUCUCCAUUUUGCCAUCAUCACGAGCAAAGAAGCUGAUACUGUUCCUAUGGAUCUUGUCUGGGAUUUUCCCUGGGAUUGUCUUCUUAAUACUCAAGUUUACCCAGAAACCCACUGUAUGUCCAGUGGAAAACUGCUCUGUCCCCAUAAUACUGGUGAUGACUCUACAUGGAGAUGGGGCCGUGAAAUCCUGCUAUGUAGUCUCAGUUUCUGCCCUUUUUCUCUGUCUGUCCCUCAUACUUUGUUGUUAUAUGAUCCUGUAUUUCAAAACAAAGCAGUCAGGCAUAUGGAAAAGCAUGUUCUCUAGAGCCAGUGUGACGUUCCUGAUGCAUCACAUUCUCUUGUUCUUUCAUUUCUCUCCCCUCUUGGCUAUUGUGGUGGACUCCUUGCUUUAUGUCAAUGCCGUCAUUGGGACACAGACAGGGAUAUUGGUCUCUUUGAUAAUAUGCAAUGUGCUGAUAAUCUUGCCCAAAGCUCUGUUGCCUUAUCUGUGUGGGCUUCGAUACAGGGAGAUAGCCUCAUCCCUCAAGUUCUUCUUCAGACGGAAGCGCAUGACUGCCGUGUCUCCAGUCUCAACCACUUGAGCAGAAAUAUACAAAAGACUUGUCGUGAUUU